CUCGGUCCGCCCAGCGCCAUGGACGACCUGCGGGUCCUGUGGAUGCGCGACCGCCUGUACACCGCCUUCGACCUCAGCAACCCCAAACUGUUCGAGGAUCUGUUGAACCGCGACGACAGUGAGGCGGAGGACCUCAUCCUGCAUUUUCUCAACCACUCGAGCGACGAGGACUCCGCCGCCGCCGUGUUCUUCUACCGUGUCCUGGUGGCAGAGGAGGUGGAGGUGGAGAUAGAAGAUGCCCCUUUGGUCCCUGAAGAGGAGGGUGAGGAAGAGGAGACUGAAUCUCAAAAAGCAGAGGAUGUUGAUAAGGUCACAGCCAAUGUUUCGAAGCUGAGAGACAGCUCCAUGACCGCCUCCCUCUUCGGUGUGGAGGAUGACGAUCUAGAGAAAGAGGAGACCUUGGACAAAUCACAUGGCAAGAAGCUUGUAAAGCAUAUCGUCAACAGGCUGGACCUGCACGUGUGCUGCACCCCCGUCCCCGAGGAGAUGCUGGAACAGAAUGUGGUGUUCUUCCUCAGAAGCUCAAAAGAGGCAAUCCCCGAACCCAGCGACAUGAAGGAAGCGAUGGAGUUCAUGCCAGAGACCAUGGAGUACGGCAUCAUAAACUCUCAGGUGCUCCAGUCCCUGAGGGACAUCCUUUGCCAGGUUUUCAUGCCGGCGCUGUCUUUCAACCAGCACAAGUCGGAGUCAGGCCUGGGGGCAUCAACUGCAGAAAACCAGGAGUUUUUUCCUUCAGAGGCACCAGAGUUACCCAGCAUGGCCGGGGAGACGAUGGAGUACCACAGCAUCCAACUAAUACGAGAUGAGUUCUUAAUGAAUCUUCAGAAGUUUGUGAACAACAUCCAGAGGACCAUGCAGCAGCUGGAAGGUGAGAUCAAGUUGGAAAUGCCUAGCAUCAGUGUGGAGGGAGAAGUGUCGGAGCUGGCGGCCAAUCAUGAAAUGGUGGAGGCCUUGGAGCAGUGCGUGAUCAACUGGCUGAACCAGAUUUCAUUGGCUCUGGAGAGCCAGCUGAAGAAGACACCCCAGGGCAAUGGUCCCCUGGCUGAAAUUGAGUUCUGGCGAGAAAGGAAUGCAACUCUCAGUGCCCUCUAUGAGCAGACGAAGCUUCCGUUCGUUAGGAAGGUCUUGGAUGUGAUCAAGGAAGCGGAAUCGAUGCUCAUGGCCAAUGUGCAGCCUAUUCUGACGGAGCUGUUCAAACUCCACAUGGAGGCCUCGGACAACGUCCGCUUCCUGUCCACCGUGGAGCGUCACUUCAAGAACAUCACGCAUGGCUCCAACUUCCAUGUGGUCCUGGACACCAUCCCGUCCAUGAUGAGUGCCCUGCGCAUGGUGUGGAUCAUCUCGAGACACUAUAACAAGGACGAGCGGAUGAUCCCGCUCAUGGAGCGCAUCGCCUGGGAGAUCGCCGAGCGCGUGUGCAGAGUCAUCAACCUGCGCACCCUGUUCAAGGAAAACAGAGCGAAUGCCCAGCAUAAGACCGUGGAUGCCAGGAACACCCUCAAGCUAUGGAAGAAAGCCUACUUCGACAUCAGAGCCAAGAUCGAGGCUUCCGGUCGGGAGGCGCGGUGGGAAUUUGACCGGAAGCGGCUGUUUGAGAGAACAGACUACAUGGCCGGCAUCUGCCAGGACCUCACAGAUAUCCUGCAGGUUAUGGAAGAAUUUUACAACAUAUUUGGUCCAGAGCUCAAGGCGGUGACGGGGGACCCCAAGCGAAUCGACGACGUCCUUGGCAGAGUUGACAGCUUGGUCACCCCGAUGGAAAGCUUGAACUUUGACCCCUUCAGCAUCAAGUCCUCCUCGUACUGGAAAUACGUGAUGGAGGACUUCAAACUUGAAGUUCUGGUUAUUGAGAAAGAAGCAAAAAAUUUUAUUGACGAAUCUUUCAAAACGCUUCGGUCAGCGGAAGCGGCCUUCGACAUGCUGUUAAAGUUUAAGCACAUUCGCUCCCGGGAAGCCAUCAACAAGCAAAUGAUGAUGAAAUUUAAUGACAUCCUGGCACAGUACUGCAAGGAGAUCGACAUUGUUAAUAAGAUCUUUGUGCAGAACCUGGACAGCCCGCCUCUGUACAAGAACCACCCUCCUGUGGCAGGCGCCAUAUGCUGGGAGCGCUCCCUCUUCUACAGGAUCAAACACACCAUCCUCAGGUUCCAGGAGGUUGAGGAACUUCUGGACAGCGAACGGGGCCAGGAGGUGAAACUGAAGUACCUGGAGGUGGCCAGGACCAUGAAGGAUUACGAAGACCGGAAGUAUGAGCAGUGGAGGGAUACCACCCAGCUGAUCCUCCCAAACCUCAUGAAGAAGAGCCUGCUCACCAAGACUAACGUCACAGCUGAGGACACGUCUGUUCUGGACAAGGGAGCCAUGUUCAGCAUCAACUUCUCUCCUCUACUCAAAGAGAUUAUUAACGAAGCCAAGUACUUAGAGCAGCUGGGAUUCACUGUCCCUGAACUGUCAAGGAAUGUGGCCCUCCAGGAAGACAAGUUCCUCAGGUACACGGAGGGGAUCCAGCGCAUGCUGGACCACUACCACCUGCUCAUCAACACGCUGAACGAGGCAGAGGUGGUGCUCCUGGAUGACCACUCACAGGAACUGCUCCGCGUGUUCCGGUCUGGGUACAGGAGGCUGAACUGGAACUCACUAGGAAUCUCCGACUACAUCACUCGCUGCAAACAGGCCAUCGGCAAGUUCGAGUCUCUCGUCCACCAGAUUCAUAAGAUCGCCGAGGACAUCGCCUCCAGGCUUACCCUAAUUGAGUCCGUCAACCUGUUUAGGUACCCAGUCUCCAAAACUGAGGAAGGGCUCCCAGGUGUAAAAGAAUUCUUUGAGCACAUUGAACGAGAAAGAGCCAGGGACGUGGACCACAUGGUCCGAUGGUACUUGACUAUCGGGCCUCUGCUGACCAAGGUUGAAGGCCUGGUCGUGCACACCAACACAGGCAGGGCCCCCAAGCUGGCCUCCUAUUAUGAGUACUGGGAAGGCAGGAUCUACGACGUCUUGGGGAAGCUCAUUCUGAAGAAUCUACAGGCUUUCAACUCUCUGAUCCUCGGAAAUGUCCCUCUGUUCCAAGCGGAAACCAUUUUGUCAGCUCCGGAAAUCAUCCUCCACCCUAACGCCAGCGAGAUAGAUAAGAUGUGUGUCCACUGCACCCGCAACUGCGUGGAGGUCACCAAGUAUUUCGUGCGCUGGAUGAACGGCAGCUGCAUCGAAUGUCCCCCACAGAAGGGCGAGGAAGAAGAGGUCGUCAUCAUGAGCUUCUACAAUGACAUCUCCCUGAACCCCCAGAUCAUGGAUCAAGCUGUUAUGAUCCCCCAAAACAUCCACAGGCUCCUGGUGAACCUCAUGAAGUACCUGCAGAGGUGGAAGCGCUUCCGGCCCCUCUGGAAGCUGGACAAGUCCAUCGUGAUGGAGAAGUUUGCAGCCAAGAAGCCCGCCUGCGUGGCCUAUGAUGAGAAACUGCAGUUCUACUCCAAGAUCGCUGUGGACGUGAUGCGCCACCCGCUGGUCAAGGACGAGCACUGCAUCCGGCUACAGCUGGGGCCACUGGCCAGCACGGUGCAAGAGAAUGCAAAGUCCUGGGUGAUUUCGCUGGGGAAGCUCCUCAAUGAGUCGGCUAAGGAGGAUCUUUAUAUCCUCCGGGAUGAGAUUGAGUCCCUGGGCAGGAAUCUUAGAAAGAGCCCCGCCACCCUCGAAGAUCUCAAGUUUGUCCUCGCAACAAUCGCAGAGAUCAGGACAAAAUCCUUGGUCAUGGAGCUGAGGUACAAGGACAUCCAGGAGCGUUACCGCACCAUGGGAAUAUACAACAUCUUUCCUACAGAUGCCGAGCAGGAGCUGGUUGACAAGAUCGAGAGCCUGUGGCAAAACCUCUUCACCGAAUCUAUGAACGUGGAACAUGCUCUUGGAGGCAUCAAGAGAACUUUCACAGAGAUCACCCGGAGCGAGAUAAUGAGCUACAGAAGCCACCUGGACGAGUUUGCAAAGCGCUUCUACAGCCAAGGCCCCGGGGCUGUGGGCGAAGACCUUGAUAAAGGCAUGGACCUCUUAGGCAGCUUUGAAAGGGAGCUGGCAAAGCAUGAGAAAAACCGCCAGGAACUGGCCAACGCGGAGAAGCUUUUUGACCUCCCCAUUACCAUGUACCCUGAGCUUAUCAAAGUGCAGAAGGAGAUGGCCGGACUGCGGACGAUCUAUGACCUAUAUGAGGCUCUGAAGACGGCCAAAGAGGAAUGGUCGCAGACCCUGUGGAUCAACCUGAACGUCCAGUAUCUGCAGGAGGGCAUUGACGGCUUCCUCAAAAGUCUCCGAAAGCUGCCACGCCAAGUGCGCAGCCUGUCCGUGGCCUUCCACUUGGAAGCAAAGAUGAAGGCCUUCAAAGACUCCAUCCCCCUGCUUCUGGAUCUGAAACAUGAGGCCCUGAGAGAGAGACACUGGAAAGAACUCAUGGAGAAAACGGGCGUGUUCUUUGAGAUGACGGAGACCUUUACGCUGGAGAACAUGUUCGCCAUGGAACUGCACAGACACACGGAAGUGCUCAAUGAGAUUGUCACCGCAGCUGUCAAGGAGGUUGCCAUCGAGAAGGCUGUGAAGGAGAUCCUAGACACCUGGGAGAACAUGAAGUUCACUGUGGUCAAGUACUACAAAGGCACACAGGAGCGAGGCUACAUCUUGGGGUCCGUGGAUGACAUCAUCCAGUGCUUGGAUGACAACACCGUCAACCUGCAGAGCAUCUCUGGGAGCAGAUUCGUGGGGCCUUUUCUGCAAACCGUCCAUAAGUGGGAGAAGACACUGUCUCUGAUAGGGGAGGUCAUCGAGAUCUGGAUGCUGGUUCAGAGGAAGUGGAUGUACCUGGAGAGCAUCUUCAUCGGAGGUGACAUACGGGCCCAGCUGCCGGAGGAGGCCAAGAAGUUUGACAACAUCGACAGGAUAUUUAAAAGGAUCAUGGGGGACACUCUGAAAGACCCGGUGAUAAAGCGAUGCUGUGAGGCUCCAAACCGCCUCCACGACCUCCAGACCAUCAGCGAGGGCCUGGAGAAGUGCCAGAAGAGCCUGAAUGACUACUUGGACUCCAAGAGGAAUGCCUUCCCCAGGUUCUUCUUCAUCUCGGAUGAUGAGCUGCUCAGCAUCUUGGGCAACAGCGACCCACUCUGCGUGCAAGAGCAUAUGAUCAAGAUGUACGACAACAUAGCCAUGCUGCGCUUCCAUGACGGAGACAGCGGGGAGAAGCUAGUGUCUGCCAUGAUCUCAGCAGAGGGAGAAGUCAUGAACUUCCGCAAGAUCAUCCGGGCCGAGGGCCGCGUGGAAGACUGGAUGACCGCUGUGCUCAACGAAAUGAGGCGGACCAACAGGCUCAUCACCAAGGAAGCCAUCUUCAGAUACUGCGAGGACAGAAGCAGGGUGGACUGGAUGCUGCUGUACCAAGGCAUGGUGGUGCUGGCCGCCAGCCAGGUGUGGUGGACCUGGGAAGUGGAGGAUGUCUUCAACAAGGUCAAGCAAGGGGACAAGCAGGCUAUGAAGAACUACGGCAGGAAGAUGCACCGGCAGAUUGAUGACCUGGUCACACGGAUCACCAUGCAGCUGAGCAAAAACGACAGGAAGAAAUACAACACGGUCCUGAUCAUCGACGUACAUGCCCGGGACAUCGUGGAUUCCUUCAUCCGGGGCAGCAUCCUUGAGGCCCGGGAGUUUGAGUGGGAAAGCCAGCUGCGUUUUUACUGGGACCGUGAGCCAGAUGAGCUCAACAUCCGCCAGUGCACGGGGACCUUCGGCUACGGCUAUGAGUACAUGGGCCUGAACGGGAGGCUGGUCAUCACACCUCUCACAGACCGCAUCUACCUGACGCUCACACAGGCGCUGUCCAUGUAUCUGGGAGGUGCCCCUGCUGGGCCAGCGGGAACUGGCAAGACAGAGACCACCAAGGACCUCGCCAAAGCUCUGGGCCUGCUGUGUGUUGUCACUAACUGUGGCGAAGGCAUGGAUUACAAAGCUGUCGGGAAGAUCUUCUCUGGCCUCGCCCAGUGUGGUGCAUGGGGCUGCUUCGAUGAGUUCAACCGGAUCGAUGCCUCUGUGUUGUCCGUCAUCUCAUCUCAGAUCCAGACCAUCCGGAACGCGCUGAUCCACCAGCUGACCACAUUCCAGUUUGAAGGGCAGGAGAUUUCCCUCGAUUCCCGGAUGGGUAUCUUCAUCACCAUGAACCCCGGCUAUGCGGGCCGUACGGAGCUGCCUGAGUCCGUGAAGGCUCUGUUCCGGCCUGUGGUCGUCAUUGUGCCGGACCUGCAGCAGAUCUGCGAGAUCAUGCUCUUUUCUGAGGGCUUCCUGGGGGCCAAGACGCUGGCCAAGAAGAUGACAGUUCUGUACAAGCUGGCCCGGGAGCAGCUGUCUAAACAGCACCAUUACGACUUUGGGCUCCGGGCCCUGAAGUCCGUGCUGGUCAUGGCUGGUGAGCUGAAGAGGGGUUCCGCAGACCUGCAGGAGGAUGUAGUCUUGAUGCGGGCACUACGGGACAUGAACCUGCCCAAGUUUGUGUUUGAGGAUGUCCCCCUCUUCCUGGGCCUCAUCUCUGACCUGUUUCCCGGGCUGGACUGCCCCCGCGUGCGCUACCCGGAUUUCAAUGAUGCCGUAGAGCAGGUCUUGGAGGAGAAUGGCUACGUGCUUCUGCCGGUCCAGGUGGAUAAAGUGGUCCAAAUGUUCGAGACCAUGCUGACCCGCCACACCACAAUGGUGGUAGGGCCCACAGGAGGGGGCAAGUCCGUGGUCAUCAAUUCUCUGUGCCAGGCCCAGACAAAGCUUGGGCUCCUGACGAAGCUGUAUAUCUUGAACCCCAAAGCUGUGAGUGUCAUUGAGCUGUACGGCAUCCUGGACCCCACCACUCGAGACUGGACAGACGGGGUGCUGUCAAACAUCUUCCGGGAGAUCAACAGGCCGACCGACAAAAAGGAACGGAAGUAUAUUUUAUUUGACGGCGACGUGGAUGCCUUGUGGGUGGAAAACAUGAACUCCGUGAUGGACGACAACAAGCUGCUGACCUUGGCCAACGGGGAGCGCAUUCGGCUCCAGUCGCACUGCGCCCUGCUCUUUGAGGUUGGAGACUUGCAGUACGCCUCUCCUGCUACAGUGUCUCGCUGCGGGAUGGUCUACGUGGACCCUAAGAACUUGAAAUACCAGCCAUACUGGAAAAAAUGGCUGCAGCAAAUACAGAACAAGGUGGAACAGAAGCACUUAAAUGACCUUUUCGAGAAGUACGUACCCACGCUCAUCGACAUGAUCAUAGAGGGAAUCGUGGAUGGGAGGCAAGGGGAGAAGCUGAAGAUGGUGGUUCCUCAGACGGACCUGAACAUGGUGACCCAGUUAACCAAGAUGAUGGAUUCGCUACUAGAAGGGGAAAUUGAGGACAUUGACCUGCUGGAGUGCUUCUUCCUGGAGUCACUCUACUGCUCACUGGGCUCCUCCCUGCUUGAGGAUGGAAGGGCCAAAUUUGACGAGGUCAUUAAACGCCUCUCGUCUAUGCCCACUGCGGACACUGAAGGGAACUGGGCCCGUCCCGGAGAAUUGCCAGGGCAUCUUCCCACCCUGUACGACUUCCAUUUCGACUCCAAGCGGAACUACUGGAUCCCGUGGAGCAAGCUAGUCCCUGAGUAUAUUCACAACCGGGAGAAGAAAUUUAUUGACAUCCUGGUUCACACAGUGGACACCACCCGUACCACCUGGAUACUAGAGCAGAUGGUUAAAAUCAAGCACCCUGUUCUUUUUGUGGGUGAAUCUGGCACUUCUAAGACAGCCACUACCCAGAACUUCCUCAGAAACCUGAGUGAGGAGACCAAUAUUGUGCUGAUGGUCAAUUUCUCCUCACGCACCACAUCCCUGGACAUCCAGAGAAAUUUAGAAGCGAGUGUGGAGAAACGGACAAAGGACACGUAUGGGCCGCCCAUGGGGAAGCGUCUGCUGGUGUUCAUGGAUGACAUGAACAUGCCCAAGGUGGACGAGUACGGCACCCAGCAGCCCAUCGCCUUGCUGAAACUGCUCCUGGAAAAGGGCUACUUGUAUGACCGAGGCAAGGAGCUCAACUGCAAGAGCAUCCGGGACCUGGGCUUCAUCGCUGCCAUGGGGAAGGCAGGAGGGGGCCGCAAUGAGGUGGACCCCAGGUUCCUGUCACUGUUCAGCGUUUUCAAUGUCCCUUUCCCAUCGGAGGAGUCCCUGCGCUUGAUCUACUACUCCAUCCUGAAGGGCCACACCUCGACCUUUAACGAGAGCAUCGAGGGUGUGAGCAGGAAGCUGACUUUGUGCACGCUAAUACUUUACAAGAACAUUGUUCAGGAUCUGCCUCCCACCCCUUCGAAGUUCCAUUACAUCUUCAACCUUCGAGACCUCUCCAGGGUUUUUAAUGGCCUUGUCCUCACUAACCCAGAUCGGUUCCAGACGGUGACCCAAAUGGUAAGGGUGUGGAGAAAUGAGUGCCUGCGGGUUUUCCAUGACCGGCUCAUCAACGAAGUAGACAAGCAGCUGGUGCAAGACCACAUAGGGAACCUGGUGAAGGAGCACUUUAACGAUGACUUCGAGGUAGUGAUGAGGGAUCCCAUCCUGUUUGGGGACUUCCGGAUGGCUCUGCAUGAGGACGAACCUCGCGUGUAUGAGGACAUCCAGGACUACGAGGCCGCCAAGGCACUGUUCGAGGAACUCCUGGAGGAGUACAAUGAGGUCAAUACCAAGAUGAACCUGGUGCUGUUUGACGACGCGCUGGAGCACCUGACGCGCGUGCACCGCAUCAUCCGAAUGGACCGAGGCCACGCGUUGCUGGUGGGUGUGGGCGGCUCCGGGAAGCAGUCCUUGGCCAGGCUGGCAGCCUUCACGGCGGGCUGCGAGGUGUUUGAGAUCCUGUUGAGCAGAGGCUACUCAGAGAACAACUUCCGAGAUGAUCUGAAGAACCUGUACCUGAAGCUGGGGAUAGAGAACAAGACGGUGAUCUUCCUGUUCACGGACGCUCACGUCGCUGAGGAGGGCUUCCUGGAACUCAUCAACAACAUGCUGACCUCAGGAAUUGUCCCUGCGCUCUUCGCUGAAGAAGAAAAGGACAACGUCCUCGGUCAGAUCGGGCAGGAGGCUUUGAAGAAUGGCAUGGGCCCAGCCAAGGAGUCCGUGUGGCAGUAUUUCGUGAAUAAAAGCGCCAACAACCUACACAUCGUCCUGGGCAUGUCACCAGUGGGAGACACCCUGAGGACCCGAUGCAGGAAUUUCCCAGGCCUAGUGAACAACACUGGUAUUGACUGGUUCAUGCCCUGGCCGCCCCAGGCCUUGCACGCUGUUGCCAAGUCAUUUUUAGGGGAUAACCCCAUGAUUCCCACAGAUAACAUUGAAGACCUUGUGGAGCACGUGGUUAUGGUCCACCAGUCGGUAGGUGAGUUCAGCAAGCAGUUUCAGCAGAAGCUGAGGCGCAGCAACUACGUGACGCCAAAGAACUAUCUAGACUUUAUCAACACGUAUUCAAAACUGCUAGAUGAGAAAACCCAGUACAACAUAGCACAGUGCAAGCGUCUGGAGGGGGGGCUGGACAAGCUGAAGGAGGCCACCGUGCAGCUGGACGAGCUGAACGAGAAGCUGGCGGAGCAGAAGAUCGUCCUGGCCGAGAAGUCAGCUGCCUGUGAGACUCUGCUGGAGGAAAUCGCCACCAACACAGCCAUAGCGGAGGAGAAGAAGAAGCUGGCGGAGGAGAAGGCCAUGGAGAUUGAGGAACAGAACAAGAUCAUCGCUGUGGAGAAGGCCGAGGCCGAGACGGCUCUGGCUGAGGUCAUGCCCAUCCUGGAGGCUGCCAAGCUGGAGCUGCAGAAGCUGGACAAGUCGGAUGUGACUGAAAUCAGGUCAUUUGCGAAGCCCCCAAAGCAAGUGCAGACCGUCUGCGAGUGCAUCCUUAUCAUGAAAGGCUACAAGGAGCUUAACUGGAAGACAGCCAAGGGCAUGAUGUCCGACCCCAACUUCCUGAGGUCCCUCAUGGAGAUCGAUUUCGACUCUAUCACCCAGGGUCAAGUAAAGAACAUCAAAGGCCUCCUAAAGACUCUUAAUACCACAAUUGAGGAAAUGGAGGCCGUGAGCAAGGCAGGGCUAGGGAUGCUGAAGUUCGUGGAGGCCGUGAUGGGGUACUGUGAUGUGUUCCGGGAGAUCAAGCCCAAGAGAGAAAAGGUGGCCCGGCUGGAGCGGAACUUCUACCUGACCAAACGGGAGCUGGACCGGAUCCAGAACGAGUUGGCGGCAAUCCAGAAGGAACUGGAGGCUUUGGGGGCCAAGUAUGAGGCCGCCAUCCUGGAGAAGCAGAAGCUGCAGGAGGAGGCCGAGAUCAUGGAGAGGCGGCUCAUCGCGGCUGACAAGCUCAUCUCCGGCUUGGGGUCUGAAAAUGUCAGGUGGCUGAAUGACUUGGAUGAGCUGAUGCACAGAAGGGUGAAGCUCCUGGGCGACUGCCUGCUCUGUGCAGCCUUCUUGAGCUAUGAAGGCGCCUUCACCUGGGAGUUUCGUGAUGAGAUGGUCAACCAGGUGUGGCGGAAUGACAUCCUGGAUCGAAACAUCCCCCUGAGCCAGCCUUUCCGACUGGAGAACCUCCUCACGGAUGAUGUUGAGAUCAGCAGGUGGGGCUCCCAGGGCCUUCCCCCCGAUGAGCUCUCGGUUCAGAAUGGUAUCCUGACUACCCGGGCCAGCCGCUUCCCGCUGUGCAUUGACCCCCAGCAGCAGGCCCUCAACUGGAUCAAAAGAAAGGAGGAGAAGAACAACCUACGGGUUGCCUCCUUCAAUGACCCUGACUUCCUCAAGCAGCUGGAGAUGUCCAUCAAGUACGGGACACCCUUCCUGUUCCACGAUGUGGAUGAGUACAUCGACCCUGUGAUCGACAGUGUCCUGGAGAAGAACAUCAAGUUUUCCCAAGGCCGCCAGUUCAUCAUCCUGGGGGAUAAGGAGGUUGACUAUGACUCCAACUUCCGGCUGUACCUCAACACCAAGCUGGCCAACCCCAGAUACUCCCCAUCGGUGUUUGGGAAAGCCAUGGUCAUCAACUACACUGUCACCCUGAAGGGCCUGGAGGACCAGCUGCUGAGCGUGCUGGUGGCCUAUGAGAGGCGCGAGCUGGAGGAGCAGAGGGAGCACCUCAUCCAGGAGACAAGCGAGAACAAGAACCUGCUAAAGGACCUCGAGGACUCGCUCCUGCGGGAGCUGGCCACGUCCACGGGCAACAUGCUGGACAACGUGGAGCUGGUACACACCCUGGAGGAGACCAAGUCCAAAGCCACAGAGGUGUCAGAGAAGUUGAAGCUGGCGGAGAAGACGGCCCUGGACAUCGACAGGCUGCGGGAUGGCUACCGGCCGGCUGCGAGGCGCGGCGCCAUCCUGUUCUUCGUGCUGUCCGAGAUGGCGCUCGUCAACUCCAUGUACCAGUACUCACUCAUCGCCUUCCUGGAGGUCUUUGGGCUGUCGCUGAAGAAGUCAUUGCCUGACUCCAUCCUUAUGAAGCGGCUGAGAAACAUCAUGGACACGCUGACCUUCAACAUCUACAACUACGGCUGCACAGGGCUGUUUGAGAGGCACAAGCUACUUUUCUCCUUCAACAUGACCAUCAAGAUAGAGCAGGCAGAGGGGAGGGUCCCCCAGGAGGAGCUAGACUUCUUCCUAAAAGGGAACAUUUCUCUGGAGAAGAGCAAAUGGAAGAAACCCUGUACCUGGCUGUCAGACCAGGGCUGGGAAGACAUCAUUCUCUUGUCACAGCUGUUCUCAGACAAUUUUGGGCAUCUUCCUGAGGACAUUGAGAGCCAUCUCUCCACCUGGCAGGAUUGGUACGACCUGGACUCGCUAGAGCAGUUCGCGUUCCCCCUGGGCUAUGACAACAACAUCACUGCUUUCCAGAAACUGCUUAUGUUACGCUGCUUCCGAGUAGACCGCGUAUACCGGGCUGUGACCGACUAUGUGACUAUCACCAUGGGAGAGAAGUAUGUGCAACCCCCAAUGAUCAGCUUUGAGGCCAUUUUUGAGCAGAGCACCCCCAAUUCACCCAUUGUAUUCAUCCUGAGUCCUGGCUCUGACCCUGCCAGUGACCUCAUGAAGCUGGCUGAGCGGACCGGCUUUGGGGGCAAUCGCCUCAAGUUUCUUGCAAUGGGCCAAGGUCAAGAAAAGGUGGCACUGCAGCUGCUGGAGACUGCAGUGGCUCGUGGGCAGUGGCUGAUGCUGCAGAACUGCCACCUCCUGGUCAAGUGGCUAAAGGACCUGGAGAAGUCCCUGGAGAGGAUCUCCAAGCCGCACCCCGACUUCCGCCUGUGGCUAACCACGGACCCCACCAAGGGCUUCCCCAUUGGAAUCCUGCAGAAGUCCUUAAAGGUGGUCACGGAGCCCCCGAACGGGCUCAAACUGAACAUGCGGGCGACCUAUUUCAAGAUCUCCCAUGAAAUGCUGGAGCAGUGUCCACACACCGCCUUCAAGCCCCUGGUCUACGUGUUGGCCUUCUUCCACGCCGUGGUACAGGAGAGGAGGAAGUUCGGCAAGAUUGGCUGGAACGUGUCCUACGAUUUCAAUGAGUCUGACUUCCAGGUCUGCAUGGAAAUCCUGAACACAUACCUCACGAAAGCCUUCCAGCAGCGUGACCCGCGCAUCCCGUGGGGCAGCCUCAAGUACCUGAUCGGCGAGGUCAUGUACGGAGGCCGGGCCAUUGACAGCUUCGACAGGCGCAUCCUCACCACGUACAUGGAUGAGUACCUGGGAGACUUCAUUUUUGAUACUUUUCAACCAUUCCACUUCUUCAAGAACAAGGAAGUGGACUAUAAGAUCCCUGUGGGUGACGUGAAAGAUAAAUUCGUUGAAGCCAUUGAAGGCCUCCCACUCGCCAACACGCCCGAAGUGUUCGGGCUCCACUCCAAUGCCGAGAUCGGCUAUUACACACAGGCGGCACGAGACAUGUGGCAUCAUUUGUUGGAGCUGCAGCCACAGACAGGAGAGUCCAGCAGUGGCAUCAGCCGCGAUGACUACAUCGGCCAGGUGGCCAAGGACAUCGAGAACAAGAUGCCCAAGAUCUUUGACCUGGACCAAGUCCGGAAGCACCUGGGCCUGAACAUCUCACCCACGUCGGUGGUGCUGCUGCAGGAGCUGGGGCGUUUCAACAAGCUCGCCAUUCGCAUGACCAGGUCUCUGGCUGAGCUCCAGAGGGCUUUGGCUGGGGAAGUUGGAAUGAGUAACGAGUUAGAUGACGUAGCCAGGUCUCUCUUCCUCGGGCACAUCCCUUACAUCUGGAGGAAGCUUGCCCCCGACACCCUGAAGACCCUCGGAAACUGGAUGCUCUACUUCUUGCGGCGAUUCAACCAGUACACGCUGUGGGUCACCGAGAGUGAGCCCAGUGUGAUGUGGCUCUCAGGGCUGCACAUCCCAGAGUCCUACCUCACGGCCCUGGUACAGGCCACAUGCCGGAGGAAUGGCUGGCCGCUGGACCGGUCCACCUUGUUCACACAAGUGACCAAGUUCCAGGAUGCCGAUGAAGUCAAUGAGCGCGCAGGGCAAGGGUGCUUUGUCUCUGGGCUCUACCUGGAGGGUGCUGACUGGGACAUCGACCGAGGGUGUCUUAUCAAGAGCAAGCCCAAGGUGCUGGUUGUGGAUCUGCCCAUCCUGAAGAUCAUCCCCAUUGAAGCACAUCGCCUGAAGCUACAGAACACCUUCCGGACUCCCGUCUACACAACCUCCAUGAGGAGAAAUGCCAUGGGAGUUGGCUUAGUGUUCGAAGCUGACCUCUUUACCACAAAGCACAUCUCACACUGGGUGCUACAGGGGGUGUGCCUCACCCUGAACUCAGACUAACCACAACAUGUGGAGGGACGACAUGGAGCCACUAUGCCUGGGGCAGGUCA